GGAAGCUCCGGUUGCCCUCUAGUGGUUUCCUAGCAACGGUUGCCAAGCAGUCAGUGGUUAUUUAAACAGAAGUUGUUUCUCACACAAGCCGCCAGCCUCCUGCCCCAAGGGAACCCCAAGAUGUCGGAGAGUCCAGCACAGGGAACAUCCUCCGACCCCCACCAAACCUGCGACUUCUACAGGGUGAGUGAGUCUCUGCCCCCCAAGUUCAACCAACCAGAGACGUGGAGACGGGGGUACAGACCCAAGACUGACAACCCUUUAUACAGAACCUCUAACCAGAUAUACGGGAGCCGACCCCCCACGGUCCAUGAAAUGCCGGUAAGCAAGCUGAUUUAUGUUUUGGGGGGGGGGCAUGGGGUGUAACUGCCCUAGGUCAGC